UCUUGCUUUCUUUUCCUCUCUUCCUCCUCACCGAAACCGUCGAAGCCCUAGCCAUGGCGGUGCGUGGUUUUCGUGGCGUGAGGGACGACCUCUCCGAGCUCGGCCGCCACCUCCUCGACAUCGCCUGCUUUAUCUCCCCACUCCUCCCCCCGCCCCAUCACGACUCCCCCCCUCCGUCGCCCCGCCUCCCCGCGGCACCGCCGCCAUCGCCGCGCCUCUCCUCGAGGGCCCUAGCCGGAAUCCUCAGCGACCUCGCGGAGAUCGGAGGCGGCUUCCGAAGCGGUCUCUCUCGCCUUUCCGGCGCGUUCCGGAGCCCUGCCGAUCGCUACGGAGGGUACCCCGAUCGCGCCGGCUAUGCGGGUACCGUCGGGGUGUCUGAGGAGCUGCUUGAGUUCGUCAGUGAUCUCGUCAAGUGCCCCGAGUCAUGGCUGGACUUCCCGGUGUCUGUGGAUGACCCGUUUAAUAUGUCUUGCACUCAAAGAGAACACAUUUCAACUGUUGAAGAUGCUAUUCCUGAUUUGCAAUCUCUUCGACUCAGCCUUUGUCCCACCUACAUGAGUGAGGAAUACUUUUGGAGAAUAUACUUCACAUUAUUGCAUCCCAAGCUGAGCAAACAUGAUUCUGAAUUGUUAUCUACUAGUCAGAUUUUGGACUCAAUGCGCAUAACUGCCAAGGAGACAUGCAAUAGGCCAUCUACUCAAUCUCAAAACCUUGACUCGGAAAGCUUACCUUCAUUGAUGAGUGAGAAAUGUAGCACUAUCCAGCAAGAGCAUAAUGAAGCAUGGCAAGAUGCAUUGAUGGCCAAGUCGAGAUCUCAAUUAAGCAUUGAUCAGUGGUCUGAGGUAACAAAUCCAGCGGAUGCUUCCAGUGACACAAUAAAAUUUGUACCUGAUGAUGUUUCGUUGAGGGACACUACCGAAGGUAAUGUUUUAGUGAUGGAGAAGUACAUGGAUUCCCUCUUGACAGAAGAAGAGCAGGUGCGUUUGCCCUACUCCUUUAGGAGGAAACAUGUCUCUGCCAGUGAGGAGAUCAUGAUAAAUCGAAAAAUGCCAAAAUUGAAGAUGUCUUCUGAUGAGGAAUCUGGUGAUUGGCAAGCAGUUGAAGAUUCUGACUUCGAAAUUCUGGAGAAAUCUUCAGUUAAUAAGAGCACUGAAAGUUUCCACCGCCAUACAUAAAUUUCCUUUUUCCCGUUUAUUUCUGUAAAGUGCUCGAUCUGCUGAACCAUCAUAUGUCUGCUGUGGCACAAAGUCUAUCCCUGUAUAUUUCUGUAAUUAACUAUGCUUUUGUCAGAUGGAAAUCUGAUGUCAGCUUUCAUUUAA